GCGCGCGCGCAGUAUUCCAGCGCUGGAGGCCGCCACCCACGCCACCGGCCAUGAGCUCGGCCCCGGCCUCACGCUCGGUGCGCGCGCGUUACCUUGUGUACUUCCAGUACUUGGGCACCGACUUUAACGGUGUCGCGGCCGUCAGGGGCACUCAGCGCGCCGUCGGGGUCCAGAACUACCUGGAGGAGGCCGCCGAGCGGCUGAAUUCCAUGGAGCCGGUCAGGUUCACCAUCUCCAGCCGCACGGACGCCGGGGUCCACGCCCUGAGCAACGCGGCGCACCUGGACGUCCAGCGCCGCUCAGGCCGGCCGCCUUUCCCGCCCGAGGUCCUGACAGAGGCCCUCAACACACACUUGCGGCACCCGGCCAUCAGGGUCCUGCGGGCCUUCCGAGUGCCCAACGACUUCCAUGCUCGCCACGCAGCCACGUCCCGGACCUACCUGUACCGCCUGGCCACUGGCUGUAACCGGCGUGAUGAGCUGCCAGUGUUCGAACGCAACCUAUGCUGGGCUCUCCCGGCAGACUGCCUGGAUGUGGUCGCCAUGCAAGAAGCCGCCCAGCACCUCCUCGGCACACAUGACUUCAGCGCCUUCCAGUCCACUGGCAGCCCGGUGCCGAGCCCCGUGCGAACGCUGCGCCGGGUCUCCGUUUCCCCAGGCCAGGCCAGCCCCUUGGUCACCCCUCAAGAGAGCAGGAAGCUGCGGUUCUGGAGCCUGGAGUUUGAGAGCCAGUCCUUCCUGUAUAGACAGGUACGGAGGAUGACGGCUGUGCUGGUGGCUGUGGGGCUGGGGGCUUUGGCACCUGCCCAGGUGAAGACGAUUCUGGAGAGCCAAGACUCCCUGGGCAAGCACCAGACACGUGUAGCCCCGGCCCACGGCUUAUUCCUCAAGUCAGUGCUGUAUGGGAGUCUCGGUGCUACCUCCUGCACUCUGCAGGGGCCACAGUUCGGGAGCCACGGAUGACCCUGGACACUCAGCCAAAGUUAGGCCACACCAGGUCCAACCCUGUGCUGGUCAAGCCAGGACAGUCACAGCUGCUUGGGUCCCACAGCACUGCUGCCUGGCCUCCACAGUAGCCUCCCUGCCUGGGACCCAGCACCCUGGACACCCGUCUCCGUCCCAGGCGGGAUGGGGCACAGUGCAGGACACAGCUAUGUACACCAAGAAGAGAGUACCAAGUAGUCUUUUGUUCAGCUUUUACUGGAAAUGCUGUCUGGGACCGCCUGCCCUAACCAUUUGGGGGCCCAGGAGCAGGAAUAAAGGCAAGACAGCCCGGA